CGAUUGCCUCACGAUUAUCGACCCCGCUUCUUCGGUUGCCUUAUCUUAUGCAGUGGUGUAGUGUAGACACGCGGUCACACAUGGUAUAGCGCGGGCCGGGAGAGUGCUUGGAGUUUAAUGGGCUUUUCGGCUCGGUUUUAUGUCGCGGUAUAUUCGCGCGAUGUUAAAGGGUGAAGCGUGACCGCCGCGUUCCUCAUCGUCCUCUUUCACGAUUAUAUUGCAGUUCGAGGGUAGCUGCCGACGCCGCCGCAACGGCUCAGAGCCAUCGCCGCGCGACAGCGCACACCAGUAACGGCAGUGCGGUCGCCGCGAGCAUAACCGGAUCGGGAAGAGAAGAGUGCCUAUAGUGUCUCCUCUGGAGCUGUUGCUGCGCCGCCUACGAACGAACGGUGGUGUCCCGGAAUCGCGCGGCGUUAAUCACCGUUCGGUUCGUCCUUUCGGGGUUCAACUUCCCCCGUUCCACCCACCCUGACUCGAACCCCACCAAAGGGCACCCAAGUUUUUAGUAACAGGUACUGUGAAAAGUGUUAAACCCAGCUCAAUGUUACGCGGUAGUCGUUGUUCAAAAGAAUCUCCCACAUAAUUAAGCCGAGGAAGGGUAACAGUGCUUGGGAAGCAGAAGAACUCAACUCGAAACGCAGCGCUGCAAACGGGGGCCCUCCAGAUUCCAGACGGCCAAUUCCCCAAAAACCAGCCGGGAAUGUGUGCGACCUACAGUAGGGUGGGCCGGGCGACCGGUUCGAUCCACCGUCCCAACCACCAGCGACUGCUAGCAGUCGGUCUCGUAGUGAUGCUGAACGUCCUGGCAGUGCACAGUUUAAUACAUUCGCCGCCACGGGUUAUCAAACAGCCACCGCCAGAUGAGAUGCUGUUCCAGGUGGCCCAGCAGGGCGAGAGCGACAAACCGUUCCUAAUCGAGUGCGAGGCGGAGGGUGAGCCUUCACCGAGGUACCGAUGGAUUAAGAAUGGUAAAAAGUUCGAAUGGCAAACGUAUGACGACCGUAUGUCGCAGCAGCCGGGCCGCGGUACGCUGGUGAUCACAUCGCCUCGCGACGAAGACCUCGGACAGUAUCAGUGCUUUGCCGAGAACGAGCACGGUAUCGCCACCUCGAACUCGGUGUUUGUGCGCAAGGCGGAGCUGAACUCGUUCAAGGACGGGCCCCCGCUAACUGUGCCAGCCGACGAGGGUCGACCGUUCAAGCUGGUGUGCCAGCCGCCCGAUGGCUGGCCGAAACCGAACGUCUACUGGAUGAUACAGAACAUGGACGGUGGCAUCCGGAGUAUCAACAACUCGCGUAUGACGCUCGAUCCCGAGGGCAACCUGUGGUUCUCUAAUGUGACGCGCGACGAUGAGUCGAACGACUUUUUCUACGCCUGCGCCGCCUCAUCGAUGUUCCGCAGCGAGUACAAGAUCGGCAACCGGGUGCUGCUGCAGGUAAAGCAAACUGGCAUUUCGGCCGCCCAGAACCGACACCCGCCGACCCGCCAGUACGUGUCGCGCAAGAACGAGGUCGCGCUGAAGGGCAAACAGGUGGAGCUGUUCUGCAUCUACGGUGGCACACCACUGCCGGAGACGGUGUGGACGAAGAACGGCCGGGCGAUCAUCUGGAACGAUAAGAUCCAGCAGGACAACUACGGCAAGUCGCUCAAGAUCCGUCGCGUCUCGUCGGAGGAUGCGGGUACCUAUACGUGCGAGGUGUCGAACGGUGUCGGUAACGCUGACUCGUACUCGAUCAACCUGGCGGUGAACGCGGUACCGUAUUUCACCGUCGAGCCAGAGAUAGUGAACGCGGCCGAGGGUGAGACGGCCGAGUUCCGGUGCGAGGCGGCCGGUGACCCAAGCCCGAGCAUCAUCUGGAUCCACAACGGCAAACCGAUCGACCAGAGCCCGCGCAACCCACGGCGCGUCGUUAGCACCAACCGGAUCUACUUCAGCAAGCUGGAGAAGGCGGACACGGGCAACUAUGGUUGCAACGCCACCAACUCGCUCGGCUACGUGUACAAGGAUGUGUUCCUGAAUGUGCUGGCGCUGGCACCGGAGAUUACUGAUCCACCGAAGCGUGAGUUCACCGUGGAUCAGCGCAACGUUACAAUGACGUGCCGUGUGUUCGGUGCACCGAAGCCGCAGGUGAAGUGGGUGCGCAACCAACGGGAACUGACCGGGGGCCGCUACCAGACGCUGUCAAGCGGAGAUCUCUUCAUACGCGACGUCAAGUUCGACGAUGCCGGAGAGUAUACGUGCCACGCGUCGAACAAGCUCGGCGAGCGGCAGGCAUCCGGCGAACUGAUCGUGAAGGAGCACACCGUGAUCAACGAUCCGCCGCAGGACUACGAGGUGGAGGCAGGUACGACCGCUACGUUCCGCUGCAAUGCGGUGGCCGACUCGUCGCUCGAACUGACAAUCGAAUGGCUCACCAAUGGCGAAGUGAUCGACUUCGACAGCCAGCCACGCUUCAUCCGUACCUCGGACAAUUCGCUAAUGAUAUCGAAGACGAUCGAG